CCGCUGCCGACAGCGAAUUCGUGUUGACUGACCAGAGUCCGCGAAUUCCCCCCCCCCCCCCCCCCCCACCCCCGCACAGCCCCGCACAGAGAGCGGCCCCGGCACAGCCCGCACAGCCCGGCCCGGCCCGGCAGAUUCAGUGAAGAACACUAAAGAAGCCCUGACUGUAGAAUGUCUCUCCAUCAGUUCCUGUUGGAGCCAAUCACAUGCCAUGCCUGGAAUCGAGAUCGUACACAGAUAGCACUUAGCCCCAAUAAUCAUGAGGUUCAUAUCUAUAAGAAGAGUGGAAACCAGUGGGUGAAGAAUCAAGAACUGAAGGAACAUAAUGGUCGAAUAACAGGCAUCGACUGGGCUCCCCAGAGUGAUCGCAUUGUGACCUGCGGCGCUGACCGUAACGCUUACGUGUGGAGUCAGAAGGACGGGGUGUGGAAGCCAACGUUGGUCAUUCUGAGGAUCAACCGCGCGGCGACAUUUGUGAAGUGGUCUCCUCAGGAAAACAAGUUUGCUGUCGGGAGUGGAGCUCGACUGAUCUCCGUCUGCUACUUUGAAGGGGAAAAUGACUGGUGGGUGAGUAAACACAUCAAGAAGCCAAUUCGUUCCACUGUCCUUAGCCUUGACUGGCAUCCCAAUAAUGUCUUACUGGCAGCCGGCUCCUGUGACUUCAAGUGCAGAGUUUUUUCUGCUUACAUCAAAGAAGUAGACACAAAGCCUUCAGCUACACCCUGGGGAUCCAAAAUGCCUUUUGGCCAGGUGAUGGUAGAGUUCGGAGGCACAGGCAGUGGGGGUUGGGUUCACAAUGUCUCCUUCUCUGCCACCGGCAACCGCCUGGCCUGGGUCAGUCAUGACAGCACCGUGUCUGUUGCUGACGCUGGGAAAAACAUGACGAUUUCUCAGCUGAAGACUGAAUUUCUCCCUCUGUUGAGUGUGAUUUUUGUCUCUGAAAAUAGCAUAGUGGCAGCAGGUCACGACUGCUGUCCGAUGCUUUUCAUAUAUGAUGAUCGUGGCUCUCUGACGUACAUCUCUAAGCUAGACAUCCCAAAGCAGAGCACUCAGCACAUCAUGUCUGCCAUGCAACGCUUCCGCAAUAUGGAUAGAAAGGCGACCACCGAGGAUCGGAAUACAACACUCGAAACUCUUCACCAGAACAGCAUCACCCAAGUCUCUAUAUACGAAGGUGAUAAGAGAGACUGUCGGAAGUUUUGCACAACUGGCAUUGAUGGCGCCAUGACAAUUUGGGAUGUGAAGACUCUGGAGUCAUCGAUCCAAGGCCUGCGCAUCAUGUGAACGGGAAUGCCUGUAAUCUAGCACGACAACACACGAGAGAGAGAGAGAAAGCCCUCCUUUCACCUCCCACCACCCCCCGACCCCCAGCAGCUAGCUAUUGGCUAGCAAACAAAUCCUCAAAAACAACGGCACUGAAAACAACCUGAAACAACGCUCCAGUCGCUUCAACAAUUAUUUUUGAUUCAAAGGAAUUUAAAUAUUUGGUUUAAGAUGGAUAUUUUUUUCUUGGCAAAAGCUGCAACUCAACAACAUGAUUUCCGCAGCGCACAAUCUGAAGAGGGCAAUAAUGUACACUAAUUUAAGGGGAAUUUUAUGUAGUGUGUCUGCUAGAAAAUAAACACUACAAAACAUG